AUACAAAAGUUGGUGUUUUGAGGUGUAAAUAACAUGCCAGAUAGUUGUUGUUCGAUUGGAUGCACUAACCGCCGUGGAGAUAAGCCGGGGUUAUGUUUUUACCGGAUCUGAUAAGAAGAAUUCAGAGAGAAGACAACUAUGGAUACAGGCUAUCAGACGUGAAAUCGUUUCAGGAAAUGGGACCUGGCAACCUUCACAGUAUAGCACGUCUGUGCAGUGAUCAUUUCAUCAAAGGUACAUAGAUAAAUCUUUGGAAGAGCUGGAUGAAGAGGUAGAAUAUGACAUUGACGAGGAGGAUUAUAUCUGGCUGGAUAUCAUGAAUGACAAACGUCGUAGUGAUGGGGUGACACCUAUCCCUCAGGAAGUCUUUGAAUAUUUGAUGGACAGGCUGGAAAAAGAGUCCUACUUUGAAAGUCAUAAUAAGGGAGAUCCCAGUUCACUGAUUGACGAGGACGCUGUUUGCUGUAUCUGCAAUGAUGGAGAAUGCCAGAACAGUAAUGUCAUACUGUUCUGUGACAUGUGCAACCUGGCAGUACAUCAGGAGUGCUAUGGUGUGCCUUACAUUCCUGAAGGCCAAUGGCUGUGUCGUCGUUGUCUGCAGUCACCCUCCCGAGCUGUGGAUUGUGCACUCUGCCCAAACAAGGGAGGUGCCUUCAAGCAGACAGAUGAUUCUCGAUGGGCUCACGUUGUCUGUGCACUAUGGAUCCCAGAGGUAUGCUUUGCCAACACGGUCUUUCUGGAGCCCAUAGACAGCAUCGAGCAUAUCCCACCUGCACGCUGGAAGCUUACCUGCUACAUUUGCAAACAGCGUGGUUCUGGUGCAUGCAUUCAAUGCCACAAAGCCAACUGUUACACUGCCUUUCACGUGACAUGUGCCCAGCAGGCAGGUCUUUACAUGAAGAUGGAGCCAGUGCGGGAGACGGGAGCUAAUGGAACCUCUUUCAGUGUCCGAAAGACAGCAUAUUGUGAUAUUCAUACCCCGCCUGGUACAGCCAGGCCAGUAGGAGGAAAUUUGGGUACUGGGAGCCUUGGAUCAUCCAACAGCGAAGGAGGAGAGGGGGAUGAAGAUGAUGAACUCAUUGUAACUGGAGAGGAGGAAGGUAAAGGUGGGUGGAGCUCUGAGCGGGCAAAGAGGGCAAAGGCCAAGUCGAGACUGAAGAUGAAAAGAGCAAGGAAAAUUCUGGCGGAGAAGCGAGCAGCUGCACCGGUGGUGUCAGUUCCAUGCAUCCCUCCACACAGGUUGAGUAAAAUUACCGGUAAUUUGACUGUGCCCAGGAAGAGUCAGUUCAUGCAACGGUUGCACAGUUACUGGACCCUGAAGAGGCAGAGUCGAAAUGGAGUGCCACUCUUGCGUAGGCUUCAGACACACUUUCAGUCUCAGCGCACCAAUGAACAAGUGCUUCCUGCAAUUAGACUAGAUAGUGAAGACAAACAUGCAGCUCUGAAGGAACAGCUCAAGGCUUGGCAGAGAUUAAGACAUGACCUGGAGAGAGCCAGACUACUUGUAGAACUGAUUCGCAAGCGAGAGAAGCUAAAGAGAGAAACGAUAAAAGUACAGCAGUUGGCACUGGAGAUGCAGUUGACGCCCUUCCUAGUUUUGUUGCGCAAUACCUUGGAACAGCUGCAGGAACGUGACACAAGCAACUUCUUUACUGAACCAGUGCCCCUUAGUGAGGUGCCUGACUAUCUGGACCACAUUGAGCGUCCGAUGGAUUUCCAGACUAUGUGGGCAUUGUUGGAGGGACAUCAUUAUCCAAACUUCCAAACCUUUGAAGCUGAUUUCCUGCUUAUUGUCAAUAACUGUCUGAAGUACAAUGCCAAAGACACAGUUUUCUAUCGCGCUGCCCUGCGACUACGUGAGACUGGCAGCUUUGUACUUCGUCAAGCUCGACGGCAGGCUGAACAUACUGGGUAUGACUAUGAAACUGGUAUGCAUUUACCUCGGGAACCCAGCCCAGAGAGAGAUCAAGACUGUGAGAGAGAGAGUGAGCGGGAACAAGAGUGGGAGCAGGAGAGGAUGGCAUCGGCCACAGAGGAAGACCUACUUCUACCAGAGAAUCGCAGACGCUUGCCACUUGAGGAGCAGUUGCAAAUCUUGCAAGUUCGAUUUGAGGAAGUCAGCUCUGGGAAACACAGUAUUGGUCGAUCGCGGCGCGCCAAAGCUCUGAGAAAAGAGAUGACUGUCAUUAAGCGCAAACUGGCUCAUCAGCGAGAAGGAGGUGAAGGUGUUGGAGUCCCUACAGAGGAAAGAGUCUCUGCUCUACCCCAUCAUGCCUCUGUAAGCACCUGUCAGGAUGAUGAGGAAAGCAGCAGUCAAGAGAAAGAUUUGAGUACCUCCUCAGUGUUAGCUCCAGAAGUGGGCCGCCGGACCUCUGUCCUUUUCUCCAAGAAAAACCCUAGAGUUGGUGGGCCAGCCAAACGGCCUGGACGACCACCAAAGAAUCGUGAUGCAUUGCAUAUAGGGUCUUCAGGUGUAAGCUCCAGUUCAGUUGGGCCACCACAACUACCUUUGCUAAAUCCUCUACGUCCGAAGAAGAAAAUGCGCAGUCCUCGUACAAGUUCAAGCUCUGAGAGUGAGAGUGAUAAUGAUGACCCUCUUCCUGGUUUGCCUAGCAAUGGCUUUGAUGGUGGCAGUCAGCCUGUUACAGAGAGUUUCCGUGUAUACCGCAAUGAACGCAGUCUUCCACGUUCCAGUUCAGACUCUGAGUCCACCAGCAGUAGCAGCAGCAGUGCAGCGUCUGACAGGACCAGCACUACUCCAUCUAAACUGGGCCGUGGAAAGCCCUCAUUUUCUCGUUCUGCCUUUCAAGAGGACAGCAGUGAGGAGACAUCAGGAACUGAGAAUGACACCUACUCUGUGGGAGCAACUCGUGCUGUAUCUCAUAUUGUCCGAGGCCGUAGUAGAUCUGGUUGUUGGAUGACAUCAGAUGACUACACAUCUUUAGAUGCACUGGACCUAGUCUGGGCUAAGUGUAGAGGUUACCCAUCAUACCCAGCACUGAUCAUAGACCCCAAGAUGCCACGAGAGGGUGUGUUUCAUAGGGGUGUGCCCAUACCUGUGCCUCCACUAGAUGUUCUCAAGCUUGGUGAGCAGAUGACCCAGGAGGCCCAUGAACACCUUUAUUUGGUCUUGUUCUUCGACAAUAAGAGGACCUGGCAGUGGCUUCCACGCUCUAAGCUGGUGCCAUUGGGUGUGGAUCAGGAACUGGAUAAAGAGAAGAUGCUUGAGGGGAGGAAGUCAAACAUUAGGAAGUCAGUGCAAGUGGCUUAUCACCGAGCCAUGCAGCACCGUAAUAAAGUUCAGGGAGAUCCCAGCAGUGACACCAGUGAUAGUGACUAAGCACCGGCAUGCCCACAGACCUCAUUUCAAAUGCACAAAUACACUUGAAGAUUAAAAAGGAAAUGUGGACUAUAAUAUUCAUACAGUUAAAUGUAUUCCCUUGUUGGUGCAGUAGUUUCAUUUUAAGCUUGUGCAGAUGAAGGAAAUUCACUCUAUCUGCAAUCUGUAUAUAAAAGAAUUUGGACCACUUC